UUCAUAAGGAGGCAAUAUUAAUAUCCCCACGUCUCAGCCCCGGUCAGUGGCGAUUUCCCCACCACCCGCAGCUCCCCGCCUGGAUCACAGGCCCAGGAUCUUCGUUCCCAGCCAGCACAGGAGCCUGGAGCCAGUGUGAGUUCAAACCCAGGGCCCACCAUGCCAACUCUCAACCAAAGCAGCUUUGAUCCUAUAACGUUCAUCUUGACUGGCAUCCCGGGCAUGGAAGAGUCUCACAUCUGGAUCUCUGUCCCCAUCUGCCUGAUGUACGUUGUUGCUCUUUUUGCCAGCUCGGUUUUACUCUUCAUCAUCGUAACAGAGCGCAGCCUCCACGAGCCCAUGUACCUUUUCCUUGCCAUGCUGGCAGUUGCUGAUCUAAUGUUAUCCACGACUACCGUGCCCAAGAUGCUGGCCAUAUUCUGGUUUAGUGCCAAGGAGAUUUCUUUUGAUGCCUGCAUCACCCAGAUGUUCUUUACCCAUUUUAGUUUCAUUGCAGAGUCAACCGUUUUGUUGGCCAUGGCGUUUGACCGGUACGUUGCCAUCUGCUAUCCCCUGAGAUACCCAACUAUCCUCACACACUCAGUGAUAGGGAAAAUAGCUGUGACUGCUGUUGUCAGAGGGUUGUGUAUAAUGUUCCCACCUAUCUUCCUCCUGAAGAGGCUACCUUACUGUGGCCACACCGUUAUGCCUCACACAUACUGUGAGCACAUGGGCAUAGCCCGGCUGGCCUGCGCUGAUAUAACAGCCAACAUCUGGUACGGGUUCACUACAACUCUGCUGUCAUCAGGGUUGGAUGUCAUGCUCAUUGCUGUGUCUUACGUGCUGAUCCUCAGGGCCGUCUUCCGGCUCCCGUCCAAGGACGCCCGGCUCAAGGCUCUCCGCACCUGCGGCUCCCAUAUCUGUGUCAUACUGAUGUUCUACACGCCGGCCUUUUUCUCUUUCCUCACUCACCGGUUUGGCCACAAUAUCCCUGGACACAUUCACAUCCUACUGGCCAAUCUCUAUGUGAUUGUUCCCCCCAUGCUAAACCCCAUCGUCUACGGGGUGAGAACGAGACAAAUCCGGGAACGAGUGACCCGCAUGGUCUCCCAGGCCUGGGGAUUUCACUGCUUCUGCUGGGGGAGGGGAUGCUGACCUGCACAUAAUGGUGAGAGACAUGGCCUGGGAGACCAUGGUACUGAGUGCUGCCACAGGGCUGAGACCUGAGCAACGAAACUCACCAGCAGGUUCCUUCGAAAUGAAACCAGAUUGCUUCGAAGGCGGGUUUUCAGGAGAUGGGAGACUGGUUCAUCUGGUCUUUUCGUCGCUGGAGGUUCCUCCUGUGAUGUUUGCU